AUGGCGAGACCGUUGGAAGGCCAAAGGGGCCGGUUAAGGAUCGGAGGUGAUCUGGGUGUGUUUGAGUCCCUUCCGCAAGGACAGGUUCCUUCAAUGGGGCACUCAGGCUGCACUAAUGACCCCAACAACAAGAAUGGAUUUUGCCCGAAUCCGCCGCAAGUCGGAGGUGAUCUGGGUGUAGUGUUCGAGUCCCUUCCGCAAGGACAGGUUCCUCCGCCAGGGCACUCGAAUUGCACCAAUAAUCCCAACAACAAAAAUGGGUCUUGUCCGAAUCCACCGCCAAUCGGAGGUGAUCUGAGUGUAGUAUUUGAGUCCCUUCCGCAAGGACAAGUUCCUUCAACAGGGCACUUAGGCUGCACCAACGACCCAAACAAUAAGAAAGGGUCUUGCCCAAACCCGCCGCAAGUCGGAGGUGAUCUGGGUGUACUGUUCGAGUCCCUUUCGCAAGGACAGGUUCCUCCACCAGGGCACUCGAAUUGCACUAAUAAUCCCAACAACAAAAAUGGGUCUUGUCCGAAUCCACCGCCAAUCGGAGGUGAUCUGAGUGUAGUGUUUGAGUCCCUUCCGCAAGGACAAGUUCCUUCACCAGGGCCCUCGGGCUGCACUAGCGACCCAAACAACAAGAAAGGGUCUUGUCCAAACCCGCCACAAGGUUAA